AUGUUUUUCUACUCACCAAAUGUUCAACCAUCUACAAGUACAAAUACCCAUCGUCGACCAACUCUUACUCAUCAACAUCAUCUUCAUGUUGGUCAUUUGGACACCAGGCUUUCUGUGCAAAUUCCUGAGAUUUUGAGUCGAAGUUUUUGUGAAGUUGAUGGUGUUCGAGUUUUACCGGAUCAAUUAAGAUUGGCUUUAGAUGAUAGUCAAGAACACACGCAAGCUGCGUCGAUUCUGGAAAUUUGUGCAUCUCCUGUCUCUUCGGUAUUUUCAACAUCGGAAAAUCGACGACAAUCUCGACACAAAUUGAUACUUCGAAGGCCGACGAUUUCAAUUCAAGAAGAUGGAAAAAUUGUUAUCGGUUACUAGAAAAGUCCACUUGAAACCCAUUCAGAAAUUAUUCAAAAUAUUCCCAAAAAAAUGAUUCUCUACUCUAAAAACAUUGGUUUUUUCAGAUCAUGUGACAGCUCGAUGGGAAGGUGCUCCAAUCAAUUCUCAAUCCGCAUUAUUAGACGCCGAUGAUGGUGCAACAGUGGUCACCGAUACAAUAAAAGAGGAUCAGGAAGAUAAAGAGCCAAAAAGUUGUCCUCAACAAACUGUUAAGGUUGGUGGAGCGGAAAUUUGAAGAAUUUUUGAACUUUUGAGUGAAUGUCUGAUGAAGAUUUUCAGAAAUUUUAAAAAGUUCAAAUUGCAUUUCUCCUGUUUUUAUAACUUCCCAGGAUGAAAUUUCUACUGCCAAAUUUUGAAAAUGUUUCCACUUAACUUCCUCAUCACUUAACUCUCGCUUCAAAACAAAACCGGAAAAAAAAUUGAAAUCUGAACAUGGUCAUAAAUACGUGUCAACAUUUUUCUUCUUCUUUUUUUGUGCGUGUGCUUCUUGCUUCUUGAAAGCAAAAAAAUGUAGAGAACAAAAAUAUUUUCUAAAGUCUCUAGACAUUUACUUGUUGCCAUUGUGGCACCGUCGAUAAUUUAUCGCCGGUGGGAUUUUCUGGUCUCUGAUUUGAUUUAAUUAUUUUUGAUAAAAAUUGUUUUUAAUUUGAUGAUCGAAUUUAUUCAAUGUUUUGAAAAAUACAAUACUUCAAAUGAAAAAAAUCUAUUUUUUCAAAAAUAAAAAAGUUACUAUUUUAAGUUAAAAAAAAAAGAAAAACAUCAUAAUGGAAUCUCUAGAGACAUUUCGUUGCGUAAAACUCGAAAAUCUUUGAGUUUGUAUUUUUUCUGAUGAAUUGUUGCAAAAUGACUGAUGACCUAGUUGAAAAAAACGCUGUUUUGUUGCGAAUCCAACAAGUUUUUUUCUUUCCAGUAUAUCAAAAUAUUAACACCUCAUGUGAUAUUGGUAUCAGUAUUGAUUGGCUAUUUAUGUCUGGGUGCUUGGAUAUUAAUGUUACUCGAAACAAAAACCGAACUUCUUGCAAGGUCUCGAAAACUUGUCAAGUUAACUAAUGUGAUGGCAAAUUACACUAGCACAAGUUAUAAUAUGAUACAAAACCAACACGUGAAUCCGAUAACUGAUGCUGAAUGGGCGGCGCAGUUUAGAGAAUGGAUGGUUAGUGUUUCGGAAAUUGUGGAUGAUCGGAGGCCGAUUCGACAGGAAUUGAAUAGAGCUGAUGAUUUAUCGAAUAUGCACAAUAAAUGGACGUUUCCAACUGCACUUUUAUAUGUUUUGACUGUUCUAACAACUUGUGGUAAGUCAUGGUUAGAUAAGGGAUGAUUUAUUGUGAUCCCCCCAAAAAAAUAAUGCUGAACCCUCUCCAAACAAUCAAAUUUUUCCAGGUUAUGGAGAAGUUUCUGUUGACACAGACGUCGGAAAAGUAUUUUCCGUGGCUUUUGCUCUCGUUGGUAUCCCAUUGAUGUUCAUCACAGCUGCCGAUAUUGGAAAAUUCCUCUCUGAAACAUUGCUGAAAUUUGUAAGCUUUUGGAAUCGAAGUGUUCGAAAAGUGAAACAAUGGAUAAGUCGAACAAGACACGGACGACGAAAAUCAUUGCAAUCAACGGGUGGACAAAAUGAUGCACUUGAUAUUUUGGGAGUCGAUGGGACUGAAGAAAAAUUAUGGUUUCCUAUAGGUAUUUUUUAGUUUUUUUCUAUUUUUUUUUGAAACGCACCAAUUUGUUUUUAUUGUGAAACAUCCUAUUUCAAAACCUUCAGAAACUUAAUUUCAAUUUAAAGAAAAGGUAAAUUAUAGUUCCAAAUGGUGAAACAACAAAACUAUGGUUUCCAAUCGGUAAGAAUUGUAACCUCCUAAUAUGUUGAAACAUCUUGUGUGUUCUAAAUAUUGAUAUGAUUCCCCCUCCUUCUAUCGAUUCGAAACUUCUCACUCACUUUCAUAUUGUAACAAUACUUCUCUCUCUCUCUCUCACUGUUUUACCCUAUGUAUGACUUGACUUGACUUGACUUGAAUUGAAUCUAAAUAUUCAAAAUGGAAUGCGUGAAUAACUCCAACCAACCAAUGUUUUAUAUAUAAUUUCAUUUUCAAUUCUCAAACAAAAAAAAACAGUUUUAUUUUCCAGGUGCCUAUGUCUCAUGUAUAUGCUUAUACUGCUCAAUGGGUUCAGCAAUGUUCAUUACUUGGGAAAGGUAAUUUUAAUUUUAAAUUAUACUCUCACACAAAUAAAUUGGAAUGUUUCAGAGACUGGUCUUUCAUUCAUGCAUUUCACUUUGGUUUCAAUUUGAUUGUGACUGUUGGAUUAGGAGAUAUUGUGGUCGAUGAUUAUAUUUUCUUAUCAUUGAUUGUUGCGUUUGUUAUUGUUGGUGAGUUUGAAAAAAUUUAGUAUUUCAGAAAAAAAACUUGAAAAUCCAAUAUUUUAUCUAAAAGUUAUUUUUUCUGAAUUUACUAGUUAACAUUAAAAUGUAUUUUUAUUUUUUUAUAAAUUACCCACAAAUAUUAAAAUUAACUUUAAUCAUAAUUUUUUCACAUAUUUUUAUCACAGGUCUAUCGGUGGUAACAAUGUGCGUUGAUUUGGCAUCAACUCAUCUCAAAGCCUACUUCACUCGAAUUCAUUAUUUCGGAAGAGCUAAAAGAUUCCUUGGAAUGAGUGAAGAAUUGAAAGAAAUUGUAGCAUUGUUGGGUGCGAUGCGAAGGAAGAAGGGUGGAAAGGUAUGGCAUGUUUUUAUAUAAAAAAUUAAUUAAUUAAUUAAUUAUUUGAAGGUAACUUGGAAUGAUGUUCGAGAUUUCCUUGACAAUGAAUUACGAGAUCGGCCGUUUGAGCCGCAUGAGUUGUUAAUGAAAUUGCGGUUUUAUUGAUGAGACAUCAUCAGGUAUAGGUUAGCGUUUUGUAAUUUUGUAGUGUUGUAGCUCUUUCCUAUUUUGAACUGAGUUUAAUUUGAGCUUAAACUAUUGAUAAAAAAAUAAAAAAAAAUUUAGGAAUGUCAACAAUCCGUCACAAUUCAUUCCAAUCCGAUUUCUUCCGUGA